AUGCUUUUCUACACAAGAGACGUCGACAUUAUCACGGAAUCUGUAAAGCGAUGUGACCUAGCUGGCUCCUGCACCUCACGGAAAUGUACACACAUCAGCAGCAGGACUGAGAUUCCUGAACUACGCGACACCUACGAAUAUCCUGGAAUCGCACGAUGUACCACAUCGUGUGGUGGACUUGGAUGCGGAUGUGUCCCUUCCUAUGCCUGGAUGCCUAUUCUCUCGUUCUUAUGCAAAACCGAAGAACAACAAGAUCUACCGGUAUUCCAUUGCCCAACCUGGCACGGAAUCCGCUUUGAUAACAUUCACCUACCACCGGAGCACAAGGAACAAAGCAUCUGA